AUGUCGCACGGACAUUCUCAUAACGGAGAGGAAUGCCAUGGACAUGGUGGUGGUGUUGGAUCUUCUGAUGAUGCUAAAGCUAUGAACUCUAUCAGUUUGAAGCAGGCAAUAAACCUUCAACAAUUGUCUAGACAAUUGGGCGAUAUGAGCACUGAUGAAAGCUCCAAGAGUUUUGCUUUCUGGAACACUCAACCUGUCCCGAAAAUGGAUGAGUUCGUUGAUGAGACUGUGAAUUCAUUCAUCGAGCCUAACGUUUCUUUGGAUAAGAUCCGACAGGAACCUUACUCUCUUCCUGAUGCUUUCGCAUGGAGCGAUGUUGAUUUGAACGACGAGCAGGAACUGAAAGAGCUGUACACUUUGCUCACAGAAAAUUAUGUCGAAGACGAGGACAACAUGUUCCGUUUCGACUAUUCUGCUGAAUUCCUCAAAUGGGCUCUUCAAAUUCCCGGAUGGUUGAAGCAAUGGCAUUGUGGAGUACGUGCUAAGCAGAGUGGAAAGCUCUUGGCAUUCAUUGGUGCUGUACCUCAAAAAAUCAGUGUUUACAAAAAGGAUGUUCAAAUGGUUGAAAUCAAUUUCUUAUGUGUUCACAAGAAACUUAGAUCCAAACGUGUCACUCCUGUUCUCAUUCGUGAAAUCACGAGACGUGUAAACCAACAAGGCAUUUUCCAAGCCGCUUAUACUGCCGGAAUCGUUAUCCCUAAGCCUGUGGCCAUUUGCCGUUAUUGGCAUCGCUCUUUGAACCCAAAGAAGCUGAUUGAAGUGAAGUUCUCUCAUUUGUCCGCCAAAAUGACCUUGGCCAGAACCAUCAAGCUUUUCAAGCUUCCUGAGGAACCUACCACCCAAGGACUCCGUCCUAUGACCAAGAAAGACGUUCCAUCUGCUUUCAAACUCUUAUCUAACUAUUUGACUAAAUUUGAUCUUGCUCCUAAGUUCAGUAUCGAGGAAUUCGAAUAUUUGUUAACUCCAAGAGAUGGCGUUUGCUAUACUUUUGUUGUUGAGAAAAAUGGAGUCGUAACCGAUUUGAUCUCUUUCUAUUCUCUGCCAUCUACAGUCAUGCAUCAUCCAGUACACAAAACUAUCCGCGCUGCUUACUCAUAUUACAAUGUAGCAGGAACUGUUACCUUUAAACAACUCAUGAAUGAUGCUCUUAUUCUCGCCCGCAAGAAUGAUUUCGAUGUAUUUAACGCUCUCAACUUGAUGGAUAACCAGGACAUCUUAGAAGAAUUGAAGUUCGGCAUUGGUGAUGGCAACCUUCAAUACUAUCUUUACAACUGGAAGUGUUCUGGCAUGUUACCUCACCAGGUUGGUCUCGUGCUUCAAUAA